UGUGACAGGAUUAAAAACACUUAAAGAUGGAGACAGAAACAGGAAUAGUUAUAUUUGGAUCUUCUAUUCUUCUUCAUUCCGCUCUUCUCUUCAUAUCGAAACAUGUGCUUAAGAAUAAAUUUACAUCAAUUACCAACAAUCAGAGUUUAUGGAGUGCAGCUAACUGGUCUGUAUCUUUUCUCCAGGCUACCCUGGCAACUCUGGUUGGGUUCUCUGCUGUACUAUACACCAGAUCAGAUAUAUUACACACUCAGCUCAGUUUCCUUAAACCCUAUGCAUGGUUUAGUGUCGGAUACUGGUUUUAUGAUCUAAUCUGUCUCUAUGUAAUUGUCUCUAUGGAGAGAAAGGAUACCUCUAGGGGACUAAUCACCAACAUUAUAAACUUUAUACAGUGGUGGCCAGGAAUAGUAUUUCAUCAUAUUGGGAUCUUAGUGUUCCUGUCUCUGGGUAUCCUCUACACCUCUAGGGUUCGGGGGGACGGCAUUGUGGGGUUCUCUCUCCUUAUGGAGCUAUCAAGCAUCUUUGUCGCAUUAAGAUCUCUCCUGGCUAAACUAGAGCUGAAGAGUACAAAACUGUAUCUCCAGGUCAGUAUUAUCAUGGUGAUUACUUUCUUCUUCUCCAGGAUAUUCCUUCUCCCGUACGUUGUUUAUCUCUACUGUUCUCAAUCCAACCUUGGACUGCUGGAAGGUAUUUACUCUCUUCCAAUCCUCUGUAAGCUUGGAACAUUUAGCUUCUACUCACUCAACCUCUACUGGUUCUAUCUCAUGCUCAAGGGAUGCGUUAAAGCAAUCAAGAACGGAGGCAUUAAAAAUGAUUAACCAUGAGAAAUUAAAGCUUCUUUAAUUAUUUCUGAGGGCACAAACAUUUUAAUUAUCACUGUAAAAAUGUAUUGAAAAAACUUGUAAAAACCUUUUUAUAAAUUAUUUUCUAAUAUUUUGCUCGUACACUAGUUAAAUAAUGGCCCUAUUUUAUGGGUCUUUUCUUUAAAUCUUACUCUUAUUUACAAUAUAGCUUUAUGAUGUACAUGUACUGCCUAUCUUAGAAAUUUAUCAAAAAAUGAGUGUUAAAUUUGUAUUUAAUGUAUUUAAUGACAUGAAUUUGCGUAUCAGUUUAUCUAAUCAUUUACGUAGACGUUGGCAACAAAAUGUUCAGUUAGUCACGAAUUAACUGUGAGAAAUGAUUGUUGCAUUAUUUUAAGCAUUAAUGAAAUAUAAAUGUAAAAUAUACAUGAAUAACUACUAA